AUGUUUUCCCGCAGCUGCGCAAGAUUCUUUUCUACCACAAGAUAUGUCUGCAACAGUCUUGACCAAAAACUUCUGAAAGAAGGUAUGUCGGAAGCUAAUAGCAAGCCCACAAUCAAGAAGCUAGAAUCCAAGUUAAUCAAAAACUUUCAGCCGGGCUCCGUUUACAAUCCAUUUGAUUUCUCCUUAGAAAGAAUACAUUUAGAUAAGAAGUUUGGGGUACGUCCUGGAUCGUUUGACCCAUUCAACAAAUUGAAGAUCAAUCCACUUGAUUUAUACACCAACCCAGAGUUCUUGUCAAGAUUUGUGACAUCAACGGGUAAAAUAUUACACAGAGAUGUAACUGGUUUAUCGGCUAAGAACCAGCGUCGUCUAACAAAGGCUAUUAAGAGAUGCCAAGCAAUAGGUUUGAUGUCUAAGGUUCACAAAGACAUAUCGGUGCUUCCUCAAAGAACUGCAAACAGAAGCUAA